AUGGCAAAUCUGAAAGUUCUUAUCUGCGGUGCCGGCAUGGGCGGCCAGGCCCUCGGAUUCUGGCUUUCAAAAAUGAAUUUCGACGUCACGGUCAUUGAACGAUUCCCGGCCCUACGCACGACGGGACUGCAGCUGGAUAUUCGCCAACCGGCCAUCGAGGUCAUCAGGCGGAUGGGGCUGGAAGAAGCAUUCCGUGCCAAAACCAUCCAGGAACAAGGCCUGGAGUUCGUGGAUGGUUCUGGGAAACGUUGGGCAUACUUUCCAGCAAACAGAACCGGGACCGGCCUUCAGGGGUUCACGACUGAUUAUGAAUUCAUGAGGAAAGAUCUCUGUCAGAUCCUGCAUGAUUCGAGCAAGGACCGGGUCAAAUAUGUAUUCGGCACCACCAUCAAAACCCUCGAACAGCAGGGUGGCGCCGUCAACGUGACUUUCUCAGAUGGCAAAACGGAUCAGUUUGACCUGGUGGUCGGUGCCGAUGGCCAGGGGUCCCAUACCCGUCGAGCGAUGCUUCAACCUGGCGCCGAGGACUCCGUGCACUCUCUGGGGGUCUACAUUGCGUAUUUUACCGUGCACCGGCCACUGCAAAAAGGAGAAGAAUACAACGGCACGAUUUAUGUGGGCACCGGAAGACGACUCGUGUUCAUUCGACGCCACGAAGACUCCACAAUUCAAGCCUACCUGAUGGUCAAAGCCCGUCCGGAGCAGAUGAACCAUAUCCGGAAAGGUGACGUCGAGAAAGAAAAGGAAUUUUUUGCCAAAACCUUCAAGGGUGCAGGAUGGAUCACCGACGAGCUCCUCGACGAAAUGGCAGCUACGGAUGAUUUCUACUGCGAACGCCUAGGCGUUGUGAAGCUCGACGCAUGGUCCAAUGGCCGGGUGGCUCUUGUUGGCGAUGCUGCAUAUUGCCCGACUGCCAGUACGGGGAUGGGGACCACUUCGAGCCUGGUUGGAGCCUAUGUGCUCGCUGGGGAGCUCGGGAAACACUGCGGCAGCUCUGGAACGAAGAUGGGCGUCGAAUAUGCGCUGAAAGCGUACGAAGAAAAGUUCCGUCCCUUUAUGGCCCAGGUCCAGGAUGGCAUCACCGAAGACCAAGUCUUUUGGGGGAAGAUUCCGUCUUCGUCCUUUGGUGUUCUUCUUGCCAAUAUUAUUCUCUGGCUAGUCGCGUUGUUCAGGCUCGAUCUCAUGAAUAAGUGGAUCCUCCGUGAAGACGUGCGGAAUUGGAGCCUUCCAAGUUAUGACCGAAUGGUGUAUGGGACAGGCUGGUAGAUUCGAAUGGAAACG